GGACUUUGGAAUUAAAUAAAGAUAGGAGACAGGCUGGAUUGACACGAGGAAGUAAAAAGUACCUAUAAUACCCAGAUAAACAUUUCCAACUGGCACAGAACUUGGAGAAGAGAAAGCAGACAGGUGCCAAAGGAACAGAUACUUAGGACACAGUGAUGUCAUCCCAGGCAACAACCCAGCCCCGAAUGUAUGAAACCGUACUCAAUCCUUACCCGCCAAACAGCAUCAUGGCUCCUGGCUUUCAACAACCUGUGGGUUUCAUACACCUGGGAAACCAAGCUCAGAGUGGCCAGCCUCCCUUCCUCGGGUCUCCAGGAAUCAUCACCAACAGUCAUCAAGGUCAAGGAAAUACACAGGUGCUAAACCCAGCCUUAGGAACAGCAAUCACAAACUUUAGAGAAGAAGCAAAGAUAUUAGGGGCAAUCCAGAUCAUGAUUGGAUUGAUGCACAUUGGUUUCGGAACUAUCUUGGGCUUCAUGUACUCCGUUUAUGGAUCAGUUUUGGGAUUUGCUUCCCUUGCUCUUAUUAGUGGAUAUCCGUUCUGGGGUGGCAUCUCUUUCAUUACUACGGGUACUCUCUCUAUACUGGCAUCCAAGAAGCUUUCUCCUACUCUGAUCAAAAGCAGCUUAGGAAUGAACAUUGUCAGUACUUUCUUUGCCUUCAUCGGAGUGAUUCUGCUGCUGGUGGAUGUGAGCAUCAAUGGCCUACCCAACCAAGACUACUGGGCAGUUCUUUCUGGGAAAGGAAUUGCAGCCAUGCUGAUUAUCUUCUCUGUCUUGGAAUUCUGCACAAAUUGCACUACAGCCUAUUUUGCCAAACAAGCAAUCACCAAAACCAACAGGCCUGUCCUGGUUAUUCCCAACGUGUAUACAGUCAGUCCUUUGGAACGAGGGGUUUUCUCAGCUCCUCCCAGAAAUGAUGGCCACCUCACUCGUGCCACUUAACACAACAAGGAGAGGCGCCUGGGUGGUGCAAUCAGUUGAGCAUCACUCUUGGUUUCCACUUAGGUUGUGAUCCUGGGACCGAGCCUCAUGUCAGGCUUCACACUCAGUGCAGAGUCAACUUCAGAUUCUCUCUCCCUCUCCUUCUACCCUACCCAUUCUUGUGCACACCUGCUCCCCCUCCCCCUAAAAUAAAUUUUAAAAAAUCAUAUAAAAGAAUUUGGCUAAAAACAAAAAGAAGCAGCAAGCAAUCUCAUGAAGUUAAACUGCUCUGCAGGAACUUAAGAAGCUGGUCUCUGCUGUCCACGAUGAUUGCUCAUCUUUCAAGACUGUGUUUGAGAUUUUUCUUAGUUUGUCAUUAAUGAUAACUGCAUGUAUUUCCCUGCCACUGUUUCUUCCUACAUACCACUACCACACUGGGGAGAUGGAUGACCAGAAGACUGAAAAUGGCUCACAGUACUUUGUACAUUGAUUUCAUCAAAUCCUGCCUCCUGGAUAGCUACAAAGCUUUCUAUUUACAGAGUAUUUUUCAUGUUCAUUAAACUCAUUCGCAAGGGGACAAGAUCAGACCAAGGAUGGUACACUGGGGGAGUUUUAUCCAGAUUAUGGCUGUUUUGUUUCUGAAAUGGGAAAAAAAAAUGGGCAUGUUUAAAAGCCAAUGGGAACAAUAAAAAUGCACUAGAAAGCUACUGAAUAUAGGAGAGAAAAGGGAUGAUUGCAGUCUAAGUAUCAAGAAAUCAAAAGUGUACAUGGAAGGCAUGACCUAAGUCAUGAGGAAGGGUGGUUUAUCUGCAUGAAAGAAAGGAGGAUGUCAUUGUUGCCUAUAUCAGUAGGUUUGCAGAGAUGGUACGGAGUAUGUAGGAGGCUCCAUUAUAAUGGCUCAUGUCAUCCCCAUCAAAGCAGAAGUGAGGUCAUGCCCAAGGUGGGGGUCAUGUGUAGAAUGAGAAUAUUGAACAGAAAGGGUGAUUUUGGAUAAGCAAUGGAAAUAGAGAAUAAACUGAUCAGAGAAACAGAUGAGGACUGCCAGGCUGUACCAAGGGCACAUUUAAAGAAGUGGUCACACAUUUAUAGCACAAACAAACUGAUUGCUUCGUCAAGACUUGAUCGCUCAGAUGUGAAUCCAGAUACAGGGCCAAUUUGGUUUUGUCCAGGAUUAGGGUUUUGCAAGAGGGGAUGAUAAAAUACCAAAGGGGCAAAAAAGUGUGGGGUAUCUUCAGAAGUAUUACUGCAAUGAUGGACUAUGAAUCUAAACUGGAUUAAGAAGAGAAGGGGAAAAAGUACAGAUAGAUUGGUCAAAUAUUUUUAUCUGCCUUUCUCCAUAGAGCUGUUGGAAAGAUCAAAUAAGACAACAUUAUGUGAAAACAGUUUGGAAAUAGCAAAGUAUCACCCAUUUUUGAAGCUUGAGAGUUAUUUUUAAAAGCCAAAUGGAACAAAACAGAUAGGGAAAGAAAAGGUAGAGAAAUCAAAAUCAAGGAAGAGGCAGAUGAGAAGAAUGGAAUUCCUGUACCUGGGAAAGCAGAUGUAUUAUGUCAGGGGAACAUUACAUAGUUCCAAAUUUCCUCCUCUGCCUGGGUCCCAACUGUUUAGCAGUUUGGGUGAUCAGGAAUGCUGUGUCCUUCACCAUGAAGCUUGGCAGCUAAGUGAAAAUAAAGACAUAUGCUCUAUGGUCUGAGGGUCUAGGAACUAAAUAGUGCUCCCAAAAUGGCUGUAGGAGUGGCAUACUACAAAUCCACAUAAAUGACUUAAAAAGUAAGACUUGCUUUACAGAAGAGAAGCAUUUCUAGCAAAGUUGAUUUUUAAAAUAAAUUUCCAUCAAACACAUUCUAUUUUUCAUUUUACUUUAGUAGUAGUACUAAUGGUAACAGCAAAUAUUUAGCCUACUCUAUAUGCUAGGCACAUCCCUAGACACUUACACAAAUUAAUAUACUUAGUGCUCACAAGAUCUCUGUGAAACAGGUACUAUAAUCAGCAUCCUUUCCAGAUGAGAAAACUAAAGCAGAGAGAUUAAAUCUUGUCAUUAGGAUGAGCAGUUAGCAAAGAUUGAAGGAUGAAUUUGAACCCAGGCAGUCCGGCUCCCAAGUUCAGGCAGUGCUCCUAACCAUUACUCCCACUCUUCUUAUUGUCUGGGAUAGAAGCAGAGAUUUGUAGCUCCAAAACAAGAAAACAAACAAACCUGUUUCUCAACAGAAAACCUGUGGUAAAUGUGGAAGGAACUACCUAACUCUCUGGUGGGUGAAAAGGGGUUUAGUAAUAUAAUACGAUUACUUUCAGCACUUGCCACCUGAAAGUUACCCUGUGACUUUUAAUCUCACCUGAGAGUCCCUUAACUCAAUAUCUAGAGUGUCAAUUGAUUUGGCCCCCAACUCCUCUUUUGGCUAGAGAGUUAAAAGAUGCUAAUAGAUUUGGGUUUCAACCACCCAAGAUUGUAUUUUAAGUUGAGGCUUCUUACACUGUAAAAAACAAGACUGCCUACCUUUACAAUUUUAACUAUGCUGUAAGCAUAAUAUUCUUAUGUAGUGGAUUCAUUUCAAACAAUGUAAUCAUGUUUUUAUGCAACUGGGUAAAGUAUUCAUUCAUUGACUAAUCAAAAUUGAUUUAGUGCCUACUCUACAGGGCACUAUUCUGUGUGCUUGAGAAAAACAAAAAUUCUAUUCCUUGGAUACUUAUGUCAUCUAAGUGUUAGACUUCCUGUGAAAAAUAAAAUCAGACUUUAAUUUUAAGUUAAA